GGGUAUGGGCGGAGCGACGGUUAAAGAUCCAGGUGGUCGAGACUCAGUGCGUACAUUAAAUACACAAAAUCGUCUGUGAGUGGGCGAGUGCAAUAUUGAGCCGAGAGUAGGGAAGAUUAAUGUCAUUUUUAUUUAAAGGUUUCUUAAUUUACUGCAAUAAACUCAAAUCCGUAGCCCUGGGUCGCUGGUCUCUUGAGAGAGCGGCAAAACAUUUUCGCUUGAUAGGAAACUCAGAUUCAAGUAACUUUUCAGUCAAGCUCCGCCGUUUUAUUACACUGUGAAGACGAUCACUAUUUUCUUCAGCGUCUGACGAACAGACACUUAGAGAUGUUCAAGAAAAGUAAAAGCAAAGUGUUGGUGGAUUCUGCGUCGGAGGAGGACGACAUGUCUUGGCAUCACCAACAUACUUAUAAGGAUAAGGACCCAGAGGGGGAGGAAGAGGAGGAGGUGACAGUGAGCCCUGUAUCAAAGGAGGUCAAAGUUAAGAAGGUCAAGUCCAAGAAAGAGAGGAAGGAUAAGAAGAUGUUUUCCUCGAAAGAUGAUGAACACUUCCUGAUUACGGGAGUCAAACUGGCAGACAGGCGAGGGUCCCACAAGAAAGUCAAAGAGGAGGAAAAGGAGAAGAAUAAGCCAAUCACAGAGAAGAGCCACUGCUUCUGGGACAGCGUUACCAUGACGAUGAGGCAGAUCACGCCCACCAAGAAGCUGGACAAGAUCGAGGGCUGGGAGCCUCCUCAACUGGGUGACAUGGCGGAGACGCUGACCGAUGACACUACGGAGGCCCAGAGCGGGACCAGGGACUCGCCUGUCUCCCUACCCCAGGCCCUGAGUUGUCCGCUUGGGCUGCCCUCCUGGACAGGCCUGGGUCUAGAGGAGGACUCUUCUCGCUAUGCUAACCUGUCAGACUCCAAAGAUUCCACAGCUGUCAAGUGGACAGCUCUCGCCAAAGGCAAGCUAGCGGGGAUCAGGAGGCGGAGCCGAGGGAGUGUGUCAGAGAGCUCGUGGGAGGGGUUUAAAUAAGAGGAACGCCACUGUUACCUGAGAUCCCCGUGCCUACGUCAAUUCAGCUCCUGUCAAAAGGAAGAAGAGAAACAAGUUGUCUGUGUCUCUGUGCUUCCAAACAACUGUCCUGGUUGUUCUACUGACACUGAGAGGGCUGCAGAGCACAUUCACCUUCUCCUUUUACUCGCUUGGCUACCCAAUCAACAGCCAGCUUUCCCUAAAAUGGUCCUAAAAUUGGCAUGGGUGUACUGGACUGCAACCACAACCCAAAAAAUUGUUGCUCAGAAGGAUUGAUGUUUUUAUUUGGCAGAAAAGUUGAGCCAAGAAAUACCUGGUAAUUUGUCUGUAUGGGUAGACUGUGUUGUCAGUGUUGAGAGAGUUGCUGCUUUGGAAACCGAGAGAGAGAAAAUCAAGGAACACAAUACUGAGCCUUAUACUACCCUCCAACCUAAACUGUGCUACUCACUGGCCUUAAGACUUUUAUAGGAUAUUCUAAGUCAAGAGAAUCAUUUCUAGAGAUAUUUUGUAUAUCCUUAGUUUAUGUACGUAAAUUCUGAAGAUGCAUUGUUUGCUUUGUCACUGUAAAGCAUAUUUAAAAGUUGUUCUCUCUACUGUUCCUCUUCCUCAAGUGUUUGGACAAGGAAUGUGUUUGGGGCCUCAGCUUUUAAUAAGCAUAGCUAAUGGGCUUACAGGGCUGUGAGCAUGAGCAUGCUGUAUUUUAAUACAAGCCUUGCGCUGGCUCAACCAUAAAAGCAGUGUGUGUGUGUGUGUGUGAGUGAGUGAGUGCGUGUUUCCCAUCCAUGUAACUUCUUAAGUUAUAAAUGUUGACUACAGAGGACACUUCUUGGUUUAUGGUUCCCAUGGUUUCCAAUGAUUUCUCCCAUACCCGUGAUGAAGCCUUUCUGCUCUAUGAAAUCUGCUGUUGGUCUAUACUGUAAUGUGUGUGUGUAUGAGUGUAUAAUGAUUUGAAAAAUGUGCGUAAGCACAUUAAUCUGAUUAAUUGUUUCAUAAUUGUUUUCUGAUUGCUAGAGUUCAUUUAAGGCCAACCAAACAUGUAGAUGGUUGGACUUGGACAAUUUGACCAAACCUUAAUAAGAAUUCGUGGCUUCAGCCUGUUCACUUUCCUGUCCUUUUGGCAAAGCUACUGAGUCCCUUCUUCUACAGCCAAGUUUGUGCACGGAUACGGCUAGCCUGCCAAGGUUGGCUGUAUCCUGUAUUUACAAAAAGGCAGGGUCAUAUUUCUCUCCAAGAAUAAAAAAGCUACUGUGGA